AUGAAGGCAACAACAGAGGAAAUAAAGUGGACAGAGGGUAACUGGUCGUCUGUCCCAAAGCAUGGCGACGCUUUGCCUCUGUUUGGUAUCCGCACUACGAGUGCUGUCGAAGGAGAGAACAACGGGCUACUAUGGGGACGUAAGCGUAAGGAGCUCGUCCAGGAGUGGAAUAGUGAAAGUUGUGAUAUCAAUCCUCGCGCUCUGAACGAGUUCGAAAAGGAGAAAGAACUGGUAGCCCACCAGACAGUCGUGCAGGGAGACGAGUCUCUCUUCUACGUUUUUUGA